AGAUGUGGUGAGGCGGGGGACGUCACCGGGGUCGGGGGAGAGAGAGAGAGAGCCGCACCGUUGGGUAGUCGCAUCUUUUAUUACAGCGCAAUACACCAAUAAUAACCUGAACACGGACACACAGUCCACCGGGGCGAGCGACAUGGCCUCGAACGGGACCCCCUCGGCGGCGCCCGGGAUGGGUGAGAUCAUCCAGCUGAACGUCGGCGGGACUCGGUUCAGCACCUCGAGGCAGACGUUGAUCUGGGUUCCGGACUCCUUCUUCUCCAGUUUGCUGAGUGGCCGGAUAUCAACACUAAGGGAUGAAACUGGAGCUAUCUUCAUCGAUCGCGACCCCACCGCUUUUGCACCCAUCUUGAAUUUUCUCAGAACCAAAGAGUUGGACUUGCGAGGGAUGACCAUCAGCGUUCUGCGUCAUGAAGCAGAGUUCUACGGGAUAACUCCUCUAGUGCGUCGCCUGCUGCUGUGUGAGGAGCUCGACCGCUCGUCUUGUGGCAGCGUCCUCUUCCACGGCUACCUCCCGCCUCCAGUCGUCCCGGCCCGUAAGUGGAGCUCCGCCUCCCCAGCGCCCGGCCCCAGUCCCGAAGACCGACCCGCCCCCACCGGGGCGGAGGGGGGCUUCAACCGCACCGGCCCCUCCACGCACCCCUCACUCCCCGGCCCCCCGCAUCCCGAAGACGACAGCCAGCGCCUGGGGCCUGUGAUCGACCCCAGGAAGGUGCUGAUCAUAACCGGACACCACAACUGGAUCGUUGCCGCAUACGCUCACUACGUCAUCUGCUACAGGAUCAAGGAGUCCUCCGGCUGGCAGCAGGUCUUUUCCUCUCCCUACCUCGACUCCACCAUCGAACGCAUCGCGCUCAACGCCAAGGUGGUGGGUGGUCCCCAUGGCGACAAGGACAAGAUGGUGGCAGCCGCCUCGGAGAGCAGCAUCAUCCUCUGGAGCAUCCAAGAUGGAGGCAGCGGCAAUGAGAUCGGGGUCUUCAGUCUGGGUGUCCCAGUAGACAGUCUGUUCUUUAUUGGGAACCAGUUGGUGGCUACCAGCCAUACUGGGAAGGUGGGCGUCUGGAACGCAGUGACGCAACACUGGCAGGUUCAGGAUGUGGUUCCUAUCACCAGUUGUGAUACUGCAGGUUCCUUCCUACUUUUGGGCUGCAACAAUGGAUCCAUCUACUACAUAGACAUGCAGAAGUUCCCCCUGAGGAUGAAGGACAACGACCUGCUGGUGACGGAGCUCUAUCACGACCCGUCUAACGACGCCAUCACCGCGCUGUCCGUGUACCUCACGCCCAAAACCAUGACCAGAAUUCAAUAUGGUGUGAGCGGGAACUGGAUCGAGAUCUCCUACGGCACCAGCAGCGGGGCGGUGCGCGUCAUCGUGCAGCACCCCGAGACGGUGGGCUCCGGCCCCCAGCUCUUCCAGACCUUCACCGUCCACCGCAGCCCCGUCACCAAGAUCAUGCUGUCGGAGAAGCACCUGGUGUCAGUGUGCGCGGACAACAACCACGUGCGGACGUGGUCGGUGACGCGGUUCCGAGGGAUGAUCUCCACCCAGCCGGGCUCCACCCCGCUGGCCUCCUUCAAGAUCCUCUCCCUGGAGGAGACGGAGAGCCACAGCAGCUACUGCUCUGGGAACCACAUCGGUCCUUUUGGAGAGCGAGACGACCAGCAGGUGUUCAUCCAGAAGGUGAUCCCCAUCACCAACAAGCUCUUCGUCAGACUGUCCUCCACUGGGAAGAGGAUCUGCGAGGUGCAGUCGGUGGACGGGUCCACCAUCUCCUCCUUCAUGGUGCGGGAGUGCGAGGGCUCCAGCAGGAUGGGGUCGCGACCCCGCCGGUACCUGUUCACCGGCCACGGCAACGGCAGCAUCCAGAUGUGGGACCUGACGACCGCCAUGGACACGGCCAACAGGGGGGAGGAGAAGAAGCAGGACGAGGUGGGCGGGCCUUCGGAGGAAGAGCUGCUGCAGCUAUUGGACCAGUGCGACCUGAGCUCCUCCCGCUGUGCCACGCCCAGCAUUAGCCCCGCCCCCUCGGUGCUGCAUCACACACGCCUUCGGGACUCCUGCUCGAGCCUCCAGCUGCAGCCCCAGCCGCCCCCCCCCUCAGAGCCCACGGUCAGCUACGGCGCCGUGCGGCCUUACAGAGAGAGCCCCCUGCUGGCCAGAGCCCGCCGCACAGAGUCCUUCAACAGCUACCGAGACUUCCAGAACUUCUCCCUGAGCAGAGGGCUCCUGGAGGGCCCAGCGGGGGCGGGGCCCGCGGCGGAGGCGUCGUACGGUUAA